AUGACCUGGAAGAAAAACGGAGUGUUAGUUUGGCCUUGCUUGACACAACGGUGGACGUGGAAUGCAUAGAGUAUUACUCGUUGUCACAGCCAUGGAUCUGGCACUUCGAGAAAGCAGAUAUGUGUAUUACGACUGAGGAAUAUAUUACAAACCAAUAAAGGAAGCUUUCGCUUGACCUAAUCUGGCCAGAGAAGUAAAUAAGUAACUUUUGAUUGGCUAGAACGCUUUUCUGAUCGUUUGCAUUAUUCUUGCCUUAAAAUUACCUGCAAAUGCUCGCCAAAGAGGAACACGUCUAGUUUAGCUGUUGCCCUGUUCUCAUAUUCAUCGGCUUUGAUCGCACGUCCGCCUUUGUGAUGGCUCCGAUGGGCAUCCGACUGUCUCCACUCGGCAUAGCCGUCUUCUGCUUACUGGGAGUCGGUGUGAUCUAUCACUUAUACGCGGGAGUUUUAUCCAGUAGGAUAGCGUCGUUCAGACAGAAGAGGACUGUGGAUCUGAGAGACCUGCUCGCGCUGUCUAUGGAGGCUGCGGUGCAGGGCGGACGGGAGGUGAAGAGGAUCAGGGAGGACAACACACUAGAGGAGAAAUCAAAAGGCAAAACAAAAGAAGGGGCCAGUGAAAAACUCACGCUGGGUGAUCUGAACUCCCACCGCAAGAUGUUCUACCUGAUCAAGAACACCUACCCUUAUAUACAGGUGAACUCAGAAGAACAUGCCAAUGCUGAGGGUGAGGCCACUGUGUGGACUCGCAUCAUUCCUGAAGAAAUUCUGGCAAAGAUCUCAGGGGGGAAAGAGGUUCCUGCAGAAAGGAUCACAGUGUGGAUUGAUCCACUGGAUGCCACUCAGGAAUACACAGAAAAUCUCCAGAAGUAUGUCACCACUAUGGUGUGUGUGGCUUUGGACGGGGAUCCUGUUAUAGGUGUGAUUCACAAACCCUUCACUGGGUACACAGCAUGGGGUUUUGUUGGAGAGGGAUCUAAUGUGGCACCUCGUGCUUCCUACAACACAAACUUUCCUAAGGUGAUCGUUUCACGCUCUCACUCAGGCAAGGUGAAGAGCUUCGUUCAGGUGGCUUUUGGCAACAAUACGGAAAUUAUACCAGCAGGGGGUGCAGGGUCUGCAUUUAGUUGUGCCCGACAUUGCCUUUGUCUCUCAGCUGCACUAAAUGGAGUCAUCUAAGUGUCUGAAUCAGCCUGUCUGAAAUGGAAUAAUUACAGUCAUCAUUACUCAAAGUUAAUAUAAAUGACAAUUAUAUCUACAUAUGUAUUGAAAUAUCAUUAUUUAUACUAAGUGCAACCCCAAAAGCAGUGCUACAUAGGCCUAAGUAAAAGAGGGACAAAAUGAAAAUAAAAAUUGAUGGAUGAAUAUAAAAAGCUGAAUUUACAGUGUAAUGUCUAUUUAUUAAAAAUAAUGUUUUACUAUGGCAUACUUUAAAAAAAAAACAUAUUAUAUGCAAUAAAGGUCAUAAAAAAUAACAAUGCCAUUCAUUUGUAAGGCCAUAUCACAGGACUGAUGUGACAGGGCCUGACGGUUGGCCAUUUUAAACUUUUAAACCUGACGGUUUGGGAAAAUAUAGCCGUGAAUGAAUGAAUACUACUCCUACAAAAAACAACAUGAUGCCAACAUACUGAAGAUGUUAAAUUGUGAGCGGAUUUGGGAUAUCUUGAACGGUUGAUUUAUGGUGAUUUAUUAAAAUAGCAGUAAAAAACAUGACCGUAAUUUUAAAAUGCAGCAUCCAAACACUUCAAAUUUUUUUUACAUACAUAGAACUAGUAAUUCAGAGAAAUAAAUGCUUAGUUUCAUCGAUAUAAAAUAGUCUAAAAAAAAUAGAAAAUUAAAAAACUAUUCAACAUUUGAUCUCACUCUAACUCUCUCACUCUAACUCUGUGUCGGGGGAUGGGAUUAAGUCUGUGUAUGUGUGUGUGUAAGUGUGACUGGGGGUAGUUGAGGGGCUGUGUGUGUGUGGGAGAGAGAGAGAGAGAGAGUGCAUUUAAAAUGCAUUAUCCUAACUCUUCACAACUUUUUACAUAUGAAAAACAGGUCAUUCUUAGGAGAUAUGUUUAUCAUUUUUUCAGAGACCACAGAAACAUUUAAAAUACCACACUUGUAAACUAGCAGAUGAAGACUGUAAUACCAAGGAUGAACACAAGAUGACCUCAUAGGAUAAGGAAUCUUUUUCAGCUCAUUCUUAGUGUAUCAGAAUGACUUAUAAGCACUUUGCUUUUAACGCUUUCAUUGCUGUGACCCUUCAGUCCGAACUGCUACAGGGUUACUCUCAAUGCAUGUGCCGCGGGGCACCAUUUUUCUGAUGGCACCAGGGUUGCGGAUGCGCUGGCGGCGAGGGCCCGUCCAUCGCUGCUUGCAGCUAUAUUUAGGGCCCGAGCCCUGAAAGGGCGAGAGCCCUAUUGUUUUUCGAAGGAUUCUU